AUACUCUGGACAUAAUGUGAAGAUUGUUUUCAAACAACAUUUGUGGAAAUUUGGAAUAAAUUUAAUUUUAUUUUGGAAAAAUUUCCCCUUUAUCAAGAAAUUACCAAAAUGAAAGUGAAUUUUGGAUGAACUACAAUAGUUUGGGUUGCAAGUUUGCAUGAAUUGCGGGAAUCAAAGAGGAGAAGAGAAGAAGAUGAAGAUGACAUGGAAGAAGAAGAACGGCAACAAGCGUUUAGCUGUGCCUAAUCUUCCUUUCGACAACGACAACGAUUACCAACAAGAUGAUGAUGAAGAACAACAACAUAAACGCCCAAAUUCUCCUUCUUCAAUCAAUCAUCAAAACCCCCAAUCCAAUCAAACCCUUGCUCAUGUCUUCCUGGAACAAGGAAACAAGCUUGCCGAGGAAGGUAAAUAUCGUGAAGCUCUUGGAAAGUGGGAAGCUGCUAUUACUUUGAUGCCCGAAAGAGCCGUUUUGCAUGAACAGAAGGCUCAAGUAUUGCUUGAACUUGGAGAUUCCUGGGGUGCUUUGAAGGCAGCAACUCGAGCCACUGAAUUGGAUCCGUCAUGGGCUGAGACUUGGAUUACCCUAGGCAGAGCACAGCUGAAUUUCGGGGAGCCUGAUAGUGCAAUGGAAAGCUUUGACAAGGCUUUAGCCAUUAAGCCUGAGUUAGCGGAGGUGCAAGAGGAUAGAGAAACGGCUUUAAAGCUUGUAAGGAAGAGAAAGCAACUGCACUCUUCAGGUCUAAGCGCAAAUAGAUCUCGAUAUUCAGUUGGUGAUGGGGACAAAACCAAUGUUGGAAUCGGUCCCUGAUUCCACGACGCAAAGAUGGGCUUUUUAGUUCCUCCAUAACCCUUGCAGGGUAUUACUCGAUGUACAUAAAAGAUCUUGAGUUUUAGGAUCAUACGAACCAUAACUUGAACGAUCUCUUUCUUGGAACUUGUCUACGAAGUGCAAUUGGUUUAGGUUGUAUAUUCUGAAUUCUGAUGCACUUUUCUGUUGGGGUUCGGACCUUGUUACGUUUUGUUGUAUUAAUCUCGUCUUCUAAAGCUUGGUUAUAUGGAGGAAUUUAUCUUUUGUGUUA